AUGGAAUCUGCGGAUGAUGCCGCCGGCAACCACCGCCGCCCUCUACCUGAACUCAAGGCCGCCUUGCAAGCAACUGCGAACGCCCGUGGAACUGCAUAUAACUCUAGGGAGGCCGUUAUUUUCUAUUUUGAAAAUGACAACACUGGAGCCAAGAGUGAUGCAAAUUCGCUGGUCUGGUGCCUCGAAGAUGUUUUCGGCAUCCACACGACUGUGAUCGAGUUAAAAGCAAACGACCAAAUGCCUGGACUUACUCUAGCAUCGACUGUUACUGAUAUCGUCAUGAAAAUCAAGUCACCUCCUAAGCGUCUACGGUCCUUGCUUAUCCUCGCAUAUGCUGGGCAUGGAGAGCUUGAUCCUACUACUGGCUUUGUUAAACUCAUUGCUGGCGUCGGCCGACAAAAUAUCCAAUGGUCGUAUCUCCACAGUUCUUUCUUCAGUGAUACCAACUAUAUGUUUAGUAACAUCGACACCCUUGGUAUUCUAGAUUGUUGUUAUGCAGGAGCAACCCGUGAUAAGGGCCAGAGGUCAUCCCAAGUCCUUUCAGCUUGUGGCAGAGAUGAAAAAGCUCGCUCGCGAUCUGAUGGAGUACGAUCAUUUUCACAGCGUCUCUUCCGUGCAGCAAGAAACCUAAGCAAAACAGAAACGUCAUAUAUCACUAUUGAAAUGCUCGUUGCUGAAGUCAACCGGGAGAAACCAGAUGGCGCUCCUGAAGCAAAGCUGACCAACCAUGGGGGAACAUCACCAAUCUCGCUUCCCCUGAAGGAUACCCAGACUACGCCACACCAACGCCCAACGCCCAACACACUCGGUAUAGACGCUACAACGGAGAGCAUUCUAGUUGAGCUGACGAUACCAGGUGCACAUUCCCAAGUUCUCGAAGAAUUUAAGGACGUUAUAGCCGCGUUACCGGCCCAAUUCCAGGUUGAAAUCGUGGACGCCUAUCAAUCGCGAUCAGUACUGCUCUUGCUCCGUAUGUCCGAAGUGACAUACUGGCGAUUGUCUGCCGGGGUUGACUUCCAUUUAAUCGGUAGGAUUUCUGGCCCAUCGCUGAUUAAACCACUGGCAGAUAUCCGUCCUCAGCGUCUUGGGGCUAAAGAGAAUGUGCGCCCCGGCCCAAGUAAAGAAGGGGCGUAA